UUUUGUUGUUAUGACAACAGAUAUGAUGGUGGAGAAAUCUUCAGAAAGAUGCUAAUGUUGUAGUGCUUUUUGAGUUUAAAUUUCGCCUUUUAAACUUUAGGAAAGGAAAUAAUGUACACUUUGAGAAUUCAGCAGUGUUUAUGCCUAUUUCUAAAUUAUUUGGAGUGUCGACGAUGACUACAGUUUCACCAAAGAUUGUUCAGAACUACGGCAUUGAGGUAAACGAAGGAAUUCAGUGGAAAGCAUGGGAACCUGGUGGCGAAUACACAAAACAAAUUACUCUGAAGAACGUUCAAGUCAAGACUCAAAAGAUUAAUUAUAAAGUUCCACAUUCAAGAUUCUUCACAACCCUCUAUCCAAAGACACUUGUCCUGACAUGUGGAACAAGUUUCACUCUCCCCGUCACAUUUUUUAUAAAAGUAUUGUUAUGAAGAUAAGAUUGAGUUUCAAACCAAGGAUGGGUCAUUUUCUGUGCCUAUAAAAGCAGUUCUCCCAAAGCCAGAUCUGUUACUACCAGAGAUGUUAAAAUUUGGGAUGUGUGCUGUAAAAGACUUCUGUGAAUUGAGUUUCAAGUUAACAAAUCCAAGUGAAGUUCCUACUCAAUUUAAGUGGUCUUUUCAACGUCCUUUUUCCUUCAUGCCAUCAAGUGGAACUCUUGAAUCAAAAACAUCAUGUCUCAUAAAAGCAAAAUUUUCACCUGAGUGUGGUUAUGUGUAUGAUGGUGUUGCUGUUUGUUACUUUGGUAAGCAUCCAGAGUCAAUGGAAAAGUCUGUGCAACUUAAUGGCACAGGAAAAUAUCCCUAUCUAUUGGUAAAGAAUCCUUUACGUACUAAAGAAGAGAAGGAUGGUCGUUCAUUGGAUAAAACUAUCGUUGAGUUUGGUGAUGUUGCUGCUGGCUUUUCAUCCGAGAAAACGUUACAUUUUCAAAAUAUGUCGCCUGUUAACGCUUCGUUUCAAAUCCUUCAACCGUCGUCCAUAUCAAAUCUGGAAAAAGUCUUCACUUGUUCUCAAUAUCACGGGAUAAUUGCUCCUGGUAGCGUUGGAAAAAUAAAGAUUCAAUACUCUCCAACAUAUCCAAAUGCAACUCACGUCGACUAUUUUGAAGUAAAUGUCUUUGGAGCAGCAAACUGUUCUGUUAUUGAAUGCUUUGGAAGAAGCAAAGGUCCCAGUGUAAGAUCUGACGUUUCUUUGCUUGGGUUUGGUCAAGUAAAGUCCGGCUGCUCUGUUACGAAGAUUGUAAAUUUAAUCAACGAUUCUGAUGUUAACACAGCAUUUCAAUUUCUCGUCGAUGAACGUAACAGUAUUUUUACGUUUGAAACAACAAGUGGUUAUUUACCUGCGUUCACUAGUGUUAAAAUCAUUGUGAGGUUUUCUCCACAACUUGCCAUUAACUAUUACCGAAACAUUACGUGUUUGCUGCAAAAUCAGGCUCCACUGUAUUUAGAAAUGUUUGGAACAUGUAACACAGAACUUGUCCAACCUGCCGUUCUAAAGUCAAGGCAUCUUCGUCAAUAUAAAGCGUUUGUAAAGCAUGGACUAUCAAGGACAUCACCUGAGCAUAUUCAAGAGAUGCUAAAGAAUGGCCAAUUAACCAUUGAUGAUAACAACGUCGUUCAUUUUCCCCAUCAUCAUGAUUUACAAACAUCUGAGGAAGACCUGUCUGUUGAGGAGCGUUUUUUCAACGACCCAAGUGUCGGACAAACAGCUUUGGUUCAACCACACAUCAGUCUUGAUCAUUCUCUAUUAGACUUUGGAAAAUGUGCAAAAAUUCCAUGCAUAGAACAAAAGACAGUGAAUAUAACCAAUCACACUAAGGGGAAAGUCACAUGCUACUGGUUAAAAGAUAACACUGGAGUAUUUCAAAUAUCUCCCGAAAAUGUCGACAUCUUGCCUUUAAAAACGACAUCGUUUACCGUGACGUUCAAACCUGAGAAAGUGAAUCAGUUUUAUGGCUGUGAAAUUGAGUGUUUUGUUUCGUACAAGUGUGUUAGAGAUUAUAGAUUUGUCAAAGAUAACGCGCUUUCCCCGCCAUGGUGCUUAACUCUGUAUUGUUCUGGAGAAACUUUCUCCCUUGGUAAAGAAUCGUUUUUACCGCGUCUUGAGUUUAGUUCAACACAGAUGGUAUUCCCAGCUGUCACAUUACAACAUGCGUCGUAUCGGACGCUUUGCAUUGCAAAUACCUCCUCUAAUCCCGUGAAGUUCUUCUUUGAUCCUGAUCCUUCUGGGGUUUUUCGUUGUAAACCCUCUCAAGGCGUUAUAUAUGGCAGACUACAGAUAAUAUUGUUUCGCUAUGAAGGAAUGGAAUUGCAAACGAAUAAAAUGUCGAUGAUCUGUCACUUCAAUAACGAAGAGAAAUUUAAUCAGGAGUUCUUACUUAGUGCUUCAACGGAAUCACCAAAAAUACAUUUGGAAAACGAGUUGUUUUACUUUCGACCAACGUGUGUUGGAAACACAUCAACAAGAAGAUAUCGCGUACAAAAUAAAUCACGAAUACCCAUAAACUUUAAAUGGAAAAUUCCUUCGGAUAUUUUGAAAAAUGUUAGUAUCGAGCCAUGCGAAGGAUUUUUGAAUUCAGGCCAGCGUUUGUCUUGCAUUUGGCAAUUUUGUCCCGUUGAGGAGAGAAAAUAUCUUUUAAAGUGUAAACUAUUUAUCAGAGCAUUUGAGAGAGUUGUGUCAGAUAAGAGUGUUACACCUGGGCAAAAUUAUUUGAUCCGUGCUGUCGGCUCAGGAUUAACUGGACGCAUAACGUGUCAAAACACAUCAAUGGAUUUCGAUAGUGUCGAAGUUGACACUUGUGCAAUGCGAAAGCUAACUCUGUACAACCCAACCGACUGCGAUGUACCUUACUCCUUAUUCUUAUCUCCUGAGAAUCUUCAAGAUAACGAAGAGGAUAGAGAUGUGAUUUCUGUAGAGGAAAGCAAACAUGACGUAAUACCUGCGAGAACCUACAAAUCGCUUGAAGUGAAAGCAAGACCCCUCAGAAGGACGAAAUAUCGUACUAACAUAAAGUAUCUCGUGACUUCUCUGCCAGAUUCGACAACAAAGACUAUGGAUGACUAUACCUGUCUAUGCUCUGUGGUAGUUCAAGGCGUCUAUCCUACAUUGCAAGUUCAAGACAUCCGUUCCACGGGUAGUGGGGAAACCUAUAGUAAAGUUCAGUUAUGGAAAAUGUUUUCACUUGAUAGCUUCAAUUCACUUUUGGAGACAGACCCUCAUCCUGUUGAAGCAAUGAGCUCAAGUCUCACUCGAUACAGUGAUAAACGAAGAAAACCGGUUUCAACGAGAGCUGUAAUUGGAUUAUCAUUUGGUAGCGCUACUUGUGACUCAGAGCCCAAUGUGUUUCACAUUAGUUUUCUUAACAAUGGUCCAGUUACAGCUGACUGGGAGUUUCUUUUUCCUAACGAUCUAAAGAUUGAGAUGGAUUAUUGGACAGAGACUGGAAGUUAUAGUUCGGAGGAAUUACGUCAAAUGCAGACAAUAGGCCAUCAGUUGUUCAGUGUUGAACCAAAAAAAGGCUCUCUUGCUGCUGGUCAUGCGCAAACUGUUAUGUUGAAAUACAAACACAAAAUCGUUGGUGUCAACAGGCUUCCCGUUUUGCUUAAAAUACACAAAGGACGUGAGGUUUUGCUAAAUUUCGCCGGUGUGACUGUGAAAGGGAAGGAACCUUUCGUUUACUUUAACUCCUACAGAUAUGCAUUUUCGCCUGUCGCUGUUGGCCUCCGGACGCCACCAAUACAGGAGUAUUCCUUAUAUAAUGGUGGCUCAGUUGAUACAACAUAUGAAAUUGAUACAUCUCCCUUGAGAGAGCUACAAAAGGAAAACUAUGGGUGCGAAAUUCUCGAAUGCUUGAAUCCAACUGGAAAAGUUUCACCCGGCCAAACGGUUUCAAUUCAUUGGAUGUUCCAACCUAUGGAAGCAAAGACGUACAUUGUCGACAUUCCUAUUCAUGUUUUGGGCUGCGAGUCAACAUUGGUGACGUUUAUCGCCACAGGGUAUGACAAAAGACCAACAAAAAAUACCCUUUCUUCACGUGAUCAUGUUAAUGAUAUACCAACACGACAGAUUGCUUACGUUGGCUCUCAGCUCGCAACUCUAUCGGAGGAAAGAUUACAUUUUGGUAAUGUUCCAUUAUAUAUGAAGAGAGCGCAAGUGAUAUUUUUAUUAAACAUGCAUAAAGAACACACGAUCUCCUAUCGAUGGAUCAUUAAUGAAUCCCCAGAAAAUAAUGUUGUUGACAUUGUUCCCUCGUUUGGCCUCGUGAAACCUGCAGAGAGUGUUGCUUUAAAGGUAACAUUUUUUUCGUCUGGCUCACCAUCACUACAUGACAUUGAUUUGAUAUGUGAGAUAAUUGAUGAUACGUUAAUGGACACUUACAACACAAAAAUUCAAGAGUGGACGCACGUUCAGGAGGAACGAAAGCAUACUUUUACUAUCACCGAGAAAGAUCUUGAAGAAACGACGAAAAAACAAGGAAAAACACAAAACGAACUGUCGAAAGGUUCCGAAGGAGACUUGAAGAAAUUUUUUGCAUUGCCACCAAUUGGCUCUCCUCGAAGGACAGACCGUGCAAGGUCUAGUAAUGAGAAUGUGAAACCCAAUCCAGUUCCUGUAGCUCCCAGUUCAUUUCUCCUUCAUCUCAGCGUUACCGCUCAAACUUUAGAGAUUGAAGAUGCUGUUUUUGAUAAAGAUAUACUUGAUAUAACUACAGCGUUAAUGCGUAAACAUACUAUCCGAGGACAGUCCAAGGAGAAGAUCAAUAUCACGUCAUCAACACGUGAUGAACUCCAUGUCGUCACUGAAGCACUAUCUGUUGUUCUCAGGGGAUUAUUGAAUGAAGAAACUUUUCACUUUGAUAUCCGUAGUUUGGCCGACGAGCCCAUUCCAUAUUUUCGACAAUUUGCAACGAAUGAUGAUGCUAUGUCGCACGUUCAUAGUAAUAUUCCUAUUGUUACAAUAUCAUCCAACACACCGACUCAAGAAAGUCUACACAGUCCCAUCACUGACGUCAUUGAAGAAAUUGACCAACACAAUGAAACAACACCAUACAACGAAAUUAAAAGCUCGUCAGAAUUUGCAACGUUGGCUGAAGAUGUUCUUGAAAAUACGAUACGUAAUAUCAUAUGUGCCGCUAAUAUUGGUGAAGUUAAUCUUACAACUAAACCAAGAACUAUCGCAUUACCAUCUAGUAGAGCAAAGAAAGGCUUGUAGACACACUCUAAUCUUCUAUAUUGUUGAAAAUAAAAAACUAGCCAUUGUAA